AUGGACAGCCUUCUGAUGAAGCAAAAGAAGUUUCUUUACCAUUUCAAAAAUGUCCGCUGGGCCAAGGGUCGGCAUGAGACCUACCUGUGCUACGUGGUNAAGAGGAGAGAUAGCGCCACCUCCUGCUCACUGGACUUCGGCCACCUUCGAAACAAGUCUGGCUGCCACGUGGAAUUGUUGUUCCUACGCUACAUCUCAGACUGGGACCUGGACCCGGGCCGGUGUUACCGCGUCACCUGGUUCACCUCCUGGAGCCCCUGCUAUGACUGUGCCCGGCACGUGGCUGAGUUUCUGAGAUGGAACCCUAACCUCAGCCUGAGGAUUUUCACCGCGCGCCUCUACUUCUGUGAAGACCGCAAGGCUGAGCCUGAGGGGCUGCGGAGACUGCACCGCGCUGGGGUCCAGAUCGGGAUCAUGACCUUCAAAGGUGAGACUUGCACACUGGAGAGGGCGAUCUGA